AGCUGUCUCCAGUGACCGGCUGUGUUCUGGUUUUGUUCUGCCCGUGUCGGUCCCUAUGGUGUCCGAGUGCUCGCUUGGCCCUGCAGCCAGCCCGGCUCUCUGGGACGGGGCCAGAGCAGGGCUGCUUGGUUCUCACCCUGCCCAUCCCCCUUGUCAGUUUCUGCCAGGGCACCAGCAGCUGAGCCAGAGGGUGCGGAAGCGGCUGUACUACAGCUGGGACACAGACUGUAACCUGGACCAUCUCUCCAGCCCGGUGGCAGGUGAGUGGUGCCAGCGUCUCCGGAUGGUUGCCAGCAAGUACCUGUACGACGAGGGGGAGGAGGAGGAGGUGUUCAAUGACGAGUGGGGCGCGGCCGGCAAGGUGGACGUGCAGACCCUCAACAGGCUGGAGAUGAACUUCCUGCGCGCCAUUGACUGGAGCCUCUACACCGACCCCAAGGAGCUGUUUGACGUGCUGAGCUGGCUGGAAGGCCGCGUGGCCAAGAAGCAGGGCACCCAGAGCAGCUGGUUCACCUACACGGACCUGUGCGUCCUGCUGGAGCAGCCCCUCUGGCAGCCGGCACAAGGGCGCUGGGUGACCCGUCUCUCUCUCUCCGCACAGCUGGCCUGCGUGCUGGGCGUGAUGUACCUCACUGGCGUCGCUGCCGUCUUUGCCUCCGUCACGGUGGUGCACCAGGCCAUGCGGGAGGGGCGCGCUGGCCCCGUUGCCCUGCGGCCUCUGCUACCCCCCAUGGACGGGGGGUGCUCGCUGGGCUCUGGGCCCUCCCUCGCCCCCUUUGUCAGCGUCACGGUGGUGCACCAGGCCAUGCGGGAGGGGCGCGCUGGCUGA